UUCAAGGUAUCAGCAACUUGUCGUUCAUAACGUAUAGAAUGAUACCCCACAGUAACCAAAUCGUUUCAACUAUUUUGUUGUUGUUGAUAUCAACGACACCAUUGUUCUCACGACCUGUGGAACACCAUUUAAACGAAAUAUCCGGCAAAAUUAAAUCUCCAAGCUAUCCUAAGUCAUAUCCUGAAAAUGUCAAUAUAUCAUGGUAUAUUGAAGUCAAGCCUGGAUAUCGCGUGGAACUAUAUUUCACAGAAUUCGAUUUAGAAGAUUCCUAUGAUGAAGACCAAGGCGGAGCAUGUGUCUAUGAUUUUUUGAAGGUAAUGGACGGUGAAAAACUGAUGAACAAGUAUUGUGGUAACAGUCGGAUGAACUCGAUAGAUGCUCCCAGAACUAGUCAGAAAGUAAGAUCAACUAGUAACACAAUGUCACUCCAUUUUAUCUCCGAUUAUUCAAAUGAGGAACCAAUGCCAAAGGGAUUUUUUGCUCAUUAUACUGAAAUAGAUAGAGAUGAAUGCUGGGAACUGAAGAUGAAAGCCGAAACUGCGAUUGAAGAUUGGGAUACAAUGUUAUAUUGUAACCAGCAUUGUCAUAACGUUCCUGCCUCAUAUUACUGCAGUUGUAAUCCUGGAUUCAAGCUGCAUGAAAAUAAGCACACCUGUACAAAUGAUUGUGCGAGAAAAGUUCUUACUGGUGAUGAAGGAGAAAUAACAACAUCUCGGUUUCCUGAUGAAUAUUCAAAACUUGCCAACUGUGACUGGACGAUCAAGAAAAAAGAAGGCAUAGCUAUUGAACUGCAAUUUGUAGAGAAAUUCGAUAUCGAAGUUCAUGAUGACGAAGGAUGUGUUUACGAUUGGGUCCAGUAUGAAGAUGCAUAUGGAGUGCGGAGUGACAAAUUUUGUGGAACAAAAUUACCAAAUAAUGGCAAUUGGAUCAUCACAAAUUCCCAUUUAGUCAAAGUCAUAUUUGUGAGCGAUCUAACAAUGGAGGAAUCGGGAUUCAAGUUAAAAUACAGAACAACGCGUGUGGCGUGUUUUAAUAAUCCCAAAGCACCGGAGAAUGGCAAAAUCACGUCGAUUAAAAAGAAGGAAAAUUACGAAUUUGAGGAUGUUGUAACGUUCAAGUGUGAUAUUGGAUAUAGGUUGAUUGGGAAGAAGAAAAUUGAAUGUUUGAGUAAUGGAAAGUGGAGCGAUCCAGAACCGAAGUGUCAAAUAAAACGUUGCAAGCAUCCCGUCCAUCUUAACAAUAUAAAAGAUGGAAGAAUCAAGGAAAAAGUUAUCAGUCUUACUUAUGGAUCCAAAGUUACAGUUCUCUGUUAUCAAUGGUAUGAAAUGACCUCUGGUACUUCUGUGUGGAGAUGCGGAGAUGAUGAGAAAUGGCAUGAAUAUUCCCGGCCUGUGGCUAUAAACGAAAAAAACAAUGUUCCGGAAUGUCAACCAAUUUGUGGUCUGAAAGGAAAUGAAAAAAUUCGGAAAGGCACUUUCGAUUUUGGUGAUGUUAUUCCAAAUAUAGAGGACAAAGAAAAACUUCUGGAUUCCCAAAUUAUCGCAGGAAAAAAGGCUCGUUUGGCUGAAUGGCCUUGGGUCGUCUAUAUCAAUUUAUUCGGUGACAACUUGGAAGGACAUGAAUUUUGUGGAGGAAAUUUGGUGUCACACGAUGUUGUCAUUACUGCUGCUCACUGUACUGCAAGAACAUAUAAACGUCAAAUUAGAGUGUUUGCUGGUGUUACCAAUCGAGAAAAAAAGAAAAACAAGUUUGAAAACGUUCAGGUUUUUUCAGUUAAAGAUGUCUUUGAACACCCGAACUAUUCCAACACAUCGCAAUAUGAAAACGAUAUAGCUAUAUUAAAGCUCAACGCCUCAGUAAAAAUCGGCAAAUAUGUUCGACCUAUAUGUUUACCAAGAUCCGACCGGGAAGCAUCAUUGCCGGUAAAAGCUCUAACAGAAGAAGACGGGUAUCAAAAAACUGGAAUUAUUGCUGGGUGGGGAAUAACAGAACUUGGAUAUUCAUCGUACAAGUUGAUGGAAGCAAGAGUACCACCGAUUGAUCAUAGAAAAUGUAAAAAACACGUUUCGUAUGAUGGAGAUGAACGCCUAAAAGUGUCUGAUAAUAUGAUAUGUGCUGGAUUUCUAGACGGCCAGAAAGACUCAUGUCAAGGCGAUUCAGGUGGUCCGUACAUGUUUCGAGAUCAAGCUCAGCACAGGUGGAUACUUAGCGGCAUUGUGUCUUUCGGAUCAUCAGCACGUGACUGCGGUGACAAAACGUUUGGAAUUUACACCAGAGUAGCAAGUUAUAUGUCCUGGAUCGAGCCACUUAUUGUCAGCUAAACAUAUAUUUGAACUUUGCUUGUCAACUUGCGCGUUUUGGAACAAUGCAAGUACUGU